CGAAGCCUAAAAGAAAAAAAAAUAUUGGUUGCUAAAUUUUAAAUAUAAGCACUUUUUAACUUUUUGUUAUGGGUAUGUAGUACAUGGCUAAAUUUUUGGAUUAAAACAUACUACAUUUUAGGAUUAAAUGCAACUUGAUAAAGGUCGAUGGAACUGUAGAUGCAAGUGAUUCUAAAAAAGUGCAUUGAUAGAUAAUUUUAAUUUUACUCCCCGACAAACAGUAGAGGUUCCUUUGGCUUUUCCUCUUACCCUUUUUGCAGGUUUAAAAGCAGGAAAGAAGAAUACCAGUACCACCUCUAAUUUGCGUUCUCUUUUUUCAGUUUCUUCUAUUAUCUAUUAAACUUCCAACUCCAACUGCAAGUAUGGCCGGGGUUCUAGUUUCUGCUCUCUUGGAUCAGUUGACUUCAAUCUUUGCUGAGAAGGCAAAACAAGAGAUAGAGUUGGUCGUGGGUGUUGACGAAGAAGUCCGGAAGCUCGAAGACAAUCUCCGAAUGAUCCAGGCGGUGCUCGAAGAUGCUGAGAAAAGACAAAUGACCGAAGCAGCUGUGAAGCUUUGGUUAGGAAAGCUCAAAGACACAUCCUACCUGAUGGACGACGUGUUGGAUGAGUGGAACACUGAAUUGAUCAAAGCAAGGAUCCAGGAAGAGGAGAAAGAAGAAGAGAAUGCUGAAAGCUCUCAUGCUCGGAAGAAGACGAAGGUAAGCUUCUCUAUGAUCCCUUCCCCUUCAUCAUGGCUCCGUCCAGUUCAUAAACUUAGAAUGCGUGACGGCUUUGCUCACGAAAUAAAAGACCUGAGUGGAAAGUUAGAUGAGCUUUUUAAAGAGAGAGUCGGUUUCGGGUUUCGAUUGUAUGGGGGCACUACAGUAGUUGAGCGACCAACAACUACCUCCCUUGUUGAUGUGUCUAAAAUUUGCGGUCGUGGUAAGGAAAGGGAGGAGCUAGUGAGCAACCUCUUGGGCAAGGAUAGCCAAGAAGAAAAGAGCCCCCAUGUCAUCUCCUUAAUAGGCAUGGGAGGUAUGGGAAAAACGACUCUUGCCCAACUAGCUUACAAUAGAGAUGAUGUGCGGGCCCAUUUUGAAAUGCCAAUAUGGGUAUGUGUUUCUGAUCCUUUUGAUCAGAUUAGGGUUGCCAAAGCAAUCAUUGAAUCUAUCGAACGUAAAUCCCCCAACAUUUCUGAAUUGCAAAAUCUAUUAGGUAGAAUUUGUGAUUUGAUUAGGGGAAAGAAGUUUUUUCUUGUCUUAGAUGACGUGUGGUCUGAAAAACCCAAUGAUUGGGAGCCAUUCGAACUUGCACUCAAAUUUGGUGCUCAAGGUAGUAGAAUUUUGAUCACCACACGUAAGGAGGGAGUUGCAAAGAUGGUAAAUAGUGCUUAUACCAUGAAUUUGGAGGUACUGUCUAAUGAAGACAGCUGGUUGAUAUGCAGUCAAAUGGCAUCUGUUGACAGAGAUGAUGAGCAACUAGGAAAACUUGGUCGAGAACUAGCAAAUAAGUGUAAAGGCUUGCCACUUGCUGCAAAGAUUUUAGGGAUUGUCAUGGGCGGCCAAAGAAGUAGGCAAAAAUGGAAGAACAUUUUGGACAGUAAUUUAUGGGAAUUAGAAGAUGUUCGAAUUGGUGUUUUAGGACCAUUCUUAUUUAGUUAUAAUGAGUUGCCAUCAGCAAUAAAACAAUGCUUCUUGUAUUGUGCUAGCUUUCCAAAGGAUUAUCGCUUUUCUAGAAAUGAGUUGGUCCACGAAUGGAUGGCACAUGGAUAUUUGGGCUCGGAAUCUAAUAUGGAGGAUACGGGAGAAAGGUAUUUUGAAAAAUUAGUUAUGCACUCCUUCUUCCAAGAUUUUAAGCAAGAUGACAAUGAUGAUGAUAAGAUAAUAAGAUGCCACAUGCAUGAUAUGAUUCAUGACUUCGCCCAAUUUAUGUCAACAAAUGAAUGCAUCACAAUUGAUGGUGACAAAGAGUUGGGGACAGAUUGUAAAAGUGCUCGUCAUUUGACAUUAGAAUUAAAGGAGGAAACACAAUUUCCUGAAUCUAUCUAUAGUGCAAAAAAUCUACGGACUCUUUUUCUACGAACUCCUUAUUUUGGAAGAAUGGUCUUCUCAUCUGCUUUAUUCCAGCAUUUGACAUGCCUCCGGUCAUUGAAUUUGAAAGAUAGUUCCUUUGAGAAACUUCCAAAUGAAGUGGAAAAAUUAAAACAUUUAAGAUUGCUCAAUUUAUCAUGUUCUAACAUUACAGAAUUACCUGAAAUGAUGUGUAAUUUAUGUAAUUUACAAACAUUGGAUAUUAGCGGUUGUGGUGAGAUUAGGAAAUUACCCCAAGGAAUGGGUAAACUAAUUAAAUUGAGACAUCUUCUUAUUGAUGAGUGUGAAGAAUUGACCGAACCCUUUCCAAAAGGGAUUGGGAGAUUGAGUUCUCUUAGAACAUUAGAGAGAUUCGUAAUAGGUGGUAUAAACAAUACUGGGGAAUGUAAACUUGGAGAGUUGAAGAAUCUAGUCCACCUUAAAGGGUAUCUUGGGAUAGAAGGCCUGCAAAACGUAACAGAUGUACAAGAGGCUGAGAAUGCACAACUAAAAAAUAAGAUACACCUCCGUAACUUAAGAUUAGAGUUUGGUGGGCAAGCUGAGGAGGAUGAUGAGGAGGAUGAGGAGGAUAGAAGAGGGGAGAAUGAUGAAUUAGUUCUUAAUGCGUUGGAGCCACAUCCAGAGUUGGAGAGUUUAUGGAUUUAUGAAAUUAGUUCUCAGUGAAUGUUGCAAAGCAGAGAUAGGAGAUCAAUGGCCCAAGAUUUCUCACAUACCCAACAUCGGCAUUUAUGGAGGAACUGUGUGAAGAGAUGGUCGUCCAAUGCAAACUUGAAUCUCAGUUCGAUUAGGGCUCUGCAAGUCGCAUCCAUUCAGAUAAGGCCUUAUUAAACCAGAAAUCAAAUGAGAAGCAUAUUUUGUGCUGGAGAAAAUUUGCAUGUAUGGAUGCAUGUUUGUAAAACACCCACAAAAGAAAGGCUUGCAUUUUGUAUUGCAUACUGACAAAUGAAAGGUCAUUAAGUUUAAAGAGUUUGAAUCCAGAGGAGUGCAUGUGGUUUUCUUGUCCUUUCGAUUGAAGUGUUUCGUGCAAAUAAAGAGGGAGAGAGUUGGAUGUUAGCACUGGGAUAAGAGGGAAUAACUAGAUAGAAGUCUGUUGUUUGUUUGUCUGUUUAUGCCAUCCAUGGUUGAAUAAUUUUGGAAUGACAAUGUAGAAGGUGAAGAGUAGUAGACUGGACCAGUUCAAAAAUUCCCCAAAUUCUGGAAUCAAGGCCAUUCAACUUUUUGUUUAAUAUGGGCACUUUGAUUAUAGUUCUCCUACAGAGGCUGAAGUGAUUCUUUACAUUGAAGAGUGUGAAGUAUAAGAGGUGACCACCAGUCAAGAAGAAAAAAUUACAAAUACCUUGGCUUUGUUAGUUGGAUGGAAAGAGUUGGAUACUCUUUUCUGGAGCAACAUUCGUGGAACGGUGGAAGUGAAUAACAUUUUCUUAAUAGCCUAUUACAACUUCUUUGCUGCCUCAAUCUUAUCCUCACUCAACAAGUUUCCUCUAUGGUUAUGGUUUAUUUCCUUCAUGAUAUAGGGUGAACUCCAAACUGUGUCAUUUGGGAAAGCACAUCUUGCACAAGAGGGAAUGGUCAUGCAAAAAACUUUGGCACCAUGAUUGGAACAUCUCGAGGGGUCAGUUGCAUCUCCAAAGCUGUCUGCAGAAUUCAGGAGCAGAGCAUGUUGCAAAAUUUGUACUUUCGUGGAGUAGAUGGGACUUGGAAAGAACUUCUGUGAUAUUAAUAUGUGGAAACUAGAAGGUGUGCUCUCAAAGUUGUUAUAGAUGGACUUCCUAAAACCAUUGAUAAAGACAUAUUGGAAGUCUGGGAUGCUUUGAAUAAUUUGUGGCCACAGAAAAAGGUCCUUGCUGUUUACAUACCGUAAACUAGACUCAUUAAGCCUGUGUUUGAAGUUCUACACAUAGAGAAUGGUGUUGUGCAUUACAGAUGAUUACAGAAUGCUGAAGAUAAAUGUACUUUGUAACUACUCCCUCUCCCUCCAUUUCUGGUUGAGGCAAAGUGUGAUUUCUCUUCCCUCUUUCUCUUUUCACCUCUUUUUGGAGCCAUAGCUCUCUUGUUUGAUCACACAUUUAUUUACUAGGGUGAGUUGGGAACUGUGAUGUGUUUGGAUAAGACAUCCCAUGCAAGAGAGACUAGUAAAUGCUCCUUUUUAAAAAAAAAAAAAAAAAAAUUCUUACCUUUUGUUACCAUCCAUAAUUUCCUAAUUCUGGAAUGGCUUAAUAAAAGGUGGACGAGAAGAUUGGACCAAUUAAAGAAAAAAAAAUCCAAAUUUGUCAUCAGAAUGAGCAAAAAAUAUAGGUAUUGAAGCCAUAUAACUCUUGCCUUUGAUAAGGGUACCUCAAUUCUAAUUUUCCUUCAGGGUUGAGGAAUACUUAGCCCUCAUUCUGGCUAGACAUCAUGCAAAAUGUUGCGUUCCCUUGGGCCUCAGACAUUGGGCCAGUCUAUUUGGUGACACAGAAAAAGCAACCGAGGCUAGAGUGUUCUGUGGCAUGCUUGGGAACCAACCUCCGGGUAGAAGAAGAUAUUACAAACAUCCCAACUGGAAGAGUGUGGGCAUGGGAGGUGAACUUGAAACAAUGUUCCUCAUGGAAGAAAAUCUUGUGCAAGAGGGAAACGUCAUGCAAAAUUUGCACUUGCUUGGAGUAAAUGGAACUUGAAGAGGGACUCUAUGAUCUACGUGGUAAUGAUAUUCGGGUUGGCGUGAAUAUUGGUUUUCUUGUUGCAGAGGAAACUAGAAGGUGUGCAUUCAAAGAUAUUGUGGCUGGACCCCCAUAAAACAUUGAUAGUGGAACUCCGGUUACAAAGUCUUUUGGUUCUGACACUCACAUGGAUGAGGCCUAACAUGCUGUAUUGAUGCCCAUGUUUGAAGUUGUAAGCAUUGAGAAGGAUUUGCACGCUGCAGUGUCCGAGUGUCCACAAAUUUUACAGUUCGCCACUUAUUUGCAUGUACGUGAAAUUGAAGGCCAUAUAGUACAGGCUAUGGUAUUGUGUAUCUCAUUCAACAUAUAGUCUUGAACAUUUGGUGAAGCACAUUUUAAAUUGGUGGGAAUUAAUAAGCAACGAUGUACCUCAGAAAGCCAUUUCUUACAUUCUGGUACAAGUACAGUUGAUUGAUAAAUCUCUACACAGUCAAAUGACAGAGCUCCAAAGGGCAAAAUGGAAAAUCUCUAUGCUUGAUUUGUAGACACAACUGUGUUGGUUGAUGAAACUCCAUUAACAUAUCAUAGGCGCAUCAAUGUAGCAUGUCAUGGAGUUCAAGAAACAAUAUUGUGAAGCAGUGGCACACAGCACACCAAGAAAUUUAUGACCAGUGAACUCAGUUUUUCAAUUUCGAGCCUAGAAUUUGCAUCCAACAUUUACAUGUAAUUCCAGAUUUUUGAACCAUUUUUGUGCUGUGACUUGUGUAUAGCCAUGAAGCUUUCGGGAGUAUGCAUUUUUUUUUCCAUCAUCCUCCUUUGACAUGCAUGUGAUGCUACUCAUGGAAAUUUUUUUGUAAACUUGCUUUCAUCUGGAUUGUUGAUGUCCAA